CUUGGUGUUGAAACGAAAUAUAUUCUCAAAGCCUAGUUGUGUCGUAGUCAAACGAAAGCAAAUGAACUUGUAUUCAUUCAAAAAGUGUUUCAUCAGCCAUCGUUCCUCUGUGCGUGCAUACCUGUGUGGUCGUGUGUGCCUGCGAGUUGUGAAUUUGAAGUAUACACUGUGGAGUCUGCUCGGCAUAACAGAGUAGCAAGCGUAUAUCGUUAUAGUGUUUUGUAUCCGCUCGCUUAGUAUAGUGACCGUUGUUGUCGCACAGCAUAUUCCAUAAAGCUUCGCGACCUCUCCUCUCUCUCUCGCUCUCUCUCAAAAGUGGUUACAAACGAUUGAGUUUGAUGUAUUUAUAAAAUAGUGGAAAGCAAUCAUGGAAAUCUUGGGGCAAUAAAUUCGAAAAUAUUUUUUCACCUAAACUUCCUAGAGAAAUUGUAAAAUAUUUUCAAUACGGGUUUUCCAUUAUUGUGUUUUCCAGUCUAAGCGCGCUUGUGUGUGAUUAUCAGCAGAAAAUUUCGGUUUAUUUGGAUUUUCCGAAUUUCACAAACACAAAUUGUUUUGUUGAUAAAAACGUUGAAGUGGUGGUGUAAUUAUUGAGAAUCGGUGAACCACAACAAAACUGAGCAAAGGGGACAAACGGUGUUGUGGUGGGGAGCGUUCCGAGAGUCGGGUGAGCGAUAGGCAUCAAAACAAUAACAAUGCCGGUGUGCGUGCCAAUCGAGUGAAACUCUGUUGCUUAGUGGUGGUAGUCUGAGACACCACGUCGACCCGCAAGAAAGGUCUCAACAGUGCUCAUUUAUACAGUGAAGUUCGUUCCGAGAGCCUUCUCUUUUGCACGAUCCUAACUUUCUGUGGCAACGAGACACGCCGUCGAUUUCAAGAUCCACUUAUACAUACUUAUUUAAACGCGUUUUUAUCUCGCUUUCUAUCCAUGCUACUUCUUCCUUGCCGAGUAUUUUUGAACUGCUCAAGAAGGUCAAUUUGAUUACAUCAAUGCACUUUGUUUUCAAUAAUUACAAACAGUCGAUAAUCUGAAACGACACACGGUGUUAUCACGAUAAUAGUGAAAACAAUUUUAAAUAAACAUUGCACAUACAAGUUGAACGAGCAGAUUCAAAUUCAUCAUUAAUUUCGUGAUACAAAUAUAUGUUUAUAAAUAACAUAUAUAUCUAUAUCAACGGUUUCGCCUGGUGAAUCACGCGCUUCGUUGAUUACGCAUUGCCCUCACUUAGCUUUGUGUACGCGCGCGCACAUACAUACACGUGUGUGUUGCGUAGCUUGGUUACGUGCCCACGGACGCAUAACGCAUCGGUGUGAGUACUCGUGUUUGGGUUAGUGCUUCGUUCGCGGGAGUUGAUUCGUUGUGACGGGUUUUGUCGGCUCUGAGAGAAUCCGUGAAGAAAACUGCGACGGAAUAAACGGCUUGUUCAGCCAAGCAUCAUCAACCAUUUCUUGUUUGUAUAAUUUCUUACAUCGUUAUUUAUCUUCCUCGAAUUUUCGUAAACGGAUUAUUGUGUUAAGUGUUUGCUGGUGUGGUGAUGCAACAUCGAGAUGAAAAACACACGAGGAAGCCAUGAGUGAUCGUAAAAGUGUAUUGAUAAAUAAAGAUAAAGACCAGAGUAAGUCGCGUUUGGAGUCCUUGUGAAAUUUUUCCGUUGAUUCAACUACAAAAAAAAAGUAGCAGGAAUUUGGUCGGAAGCUUUGUUACCGAGCAACGAUAUAUUCGUACGAAGUUAAGGCAGUUGAAUGAAGUGGGAACCUGCUUCGGUUUCGAGCUCGUCGUGAGAGACAAGAGAGCAAGAUAGAACGAGCAAACACUGAACCAAAGCUUUUGUUGUGUUCCCGUCUCUUUCUCUUUCUCUCUCUCUCUCUCUCUCUCUCUUUCGAGAGAAAGGAGCAACAUACAACUUAAGCAAGUAGUAAAAUGCCGAGUGCCGAAGAAACAACUUAUCUAUUUAAAGUAAUGCCGGAAACGACGCAGGAGUUUAUAACGCGUGACGUUGAUCUGCUCGUAUCACAGAUUAAGGAGAACUUAAGGCUGUCCAGUCUCAAGGCAAAAUCCAGCAUUAGCCACAAACAUAGACCAUCGCCAUAUCACAUACCAUCACGCUCGUGGGCCGAACCCGGUAACUGCGAGAUAUGCGGGACGAAGAAUAACAACGGUACAACACAAGAGCAAAGGCAUCACCAUCUCCAUAAUCAUAAAACAAAUACAGCAACGAGAGACGACGAUCCUUACGAAUUGUUGCAAGAACUUCUACGGGAAGGCGGACUUAUCAAAGAAGCGGUCAAAAGACUCCGAACGAAUUUCGACGACUACGAAAACUCCGGGGAUGAAAUGGCUGACGAAGAGGAUGGCGACGAUGACGUCGGCGAGAGCAUCAUAGAACGGCAACGAAGACGGAAGCUCCAACAACAACAUCGAGUCACAACGGGAUAUCGGAGAAAGCCUUAUUUCUACGAUUCCGAAGACGAUCCUUUGGCACCUGUAUACGAACCCCUUGAUUUGUGAGGAGGACUGCAGUGACGUAUUCAUCUCGUAAGCCCCAGUCCUCCGUCCCUUGGUGCCCCUGAAGAACUAAAAUUCUUAGUUAUAAGUAUACUAGCUAUGUACAUUGGAAGAUUUAAUCAGAUAGAAAAACCAUUUUUACUUAGUUGUUGGCGAUGGGUUAUAAUGUGUAAAAAGGGCACCAAUGUCAGCAAACGGUAGAACGACCAUUGUUUCAUGCGAAUGCACUUGGAUUUCAAACUAUUUCAACCAAAUCGGUUUGAAUGAAAUCAAAAUAAUUUGAGAACUAAAUGGUAGUUGUUUCAAACAAUGGUCAACUCCACCGAUUGACGAUCAUUGAGAGUCUCAUUAACACGGUCAAGAUAUGAAAUUGCUGUUAAAAAUUUUCUCUUAUUACGUGUUUGUACACUCAACGUAGUUCGACGUGUUUCCAUUCGCGACAGUACGCGUUUACGGACAACUUAUUCUCGUAUGUAAACGAUCGACCCUCUAUUGUGUGUCUUACGCUCGUCCGGUUGGUCUACGUGCCACGAAAUUAUUACUUUGAACCCGGCGUUUGUGAAACAUAAUGCUGACGAAAUACCUCGCGAAUCCCUUAUCCAGUACAUAGGCAAGGGAUUUCGGUGAAACAUUUUUUUUGCUCGCCCUACCGCCAAUCGUUUUCGCAUUGGCGUGAAUGUGUCAAUAGAAGGCUUUUUUUACCGUUUUACUUGCAAACUGAUGUCCAUAACGAAAUUCGUGCGACUCAAUAUAUUUACUCGUAUCGAACGAACGGGUCUUGCUGUUUGACGAUAUGGAAACGGAUUACAUUUCCUACAAAAAAUCAAUCACUGCGCUUUUGAAUGGUCAAUAGUUGUUUUUAUUUAUUUUUCAUUGAACUGUUAUUGGGAAACGAUGAUUGUGUCAUGAGUUUACAAAAUAUUUUGUAAUGUUGCUACCUUCGGUGAAAGAUUUUCUUUUCACUCUUUCUCUCCAUUUAUUUCGUUGUCGCCAAUCGAUGAUGCUGAAGUUUGCAACGUUGGAAUCUAACGAAAUAAACGAUAUGAACAUUUUUAAUUCACCAAUCUAGAGUCGCGGUAGUGAUUCAAAGACAAGUACAUUUAUGACGUCGCUGCCAGAGACUCUUUACAGGAGUUUUUUAUUUCACGAAUCAUUCGGAUCGGUUGAAUAACUGCGAAUUGCGAAUUAGGAAGGGUGAAAGAUUGGAGAAUUACAAAUUGUUUUUUUCUUUUCUGGCAAACCUCAGCGUUAUGCCAGUCCAUCAUAAACACGAAAUAAAAAUAAUUCAGACUUCAACGAAAUACCUUUCGCAAGUAUCAGUAAUUAUUCAUUCAUUUUCCGGAAAAACACAUUAUGCUUACAUUUAUUGGAUUAUGUAUGGAUACAAGAAUCGCAGAAUGGCGGCACAGUAAAAACGAUUAGUGAGAGAGAAUUACAAGUCUCGUAAAAGAGUAUGGAUCAGUCGACUAACCUCACUUGGAAUUUUCGAAAUCGAAAUUCUUUGACAUAGUUUGAUCGAUUAAAAAAAGGCUCUACAGCCUACGCAGAACGAUGGCAAAAAUCGACUGACAGAGUCUUUUUUUAACCCUUAAUAGUCACACGGGGUAUAUUGGACCCUAGCCGUUUUUCGACCGACGAUACCAAAUAGAAAUUUCGAGAAAAUAGGACUUGGUGGUGCCCUCGGUCGAUAGUUCGAACCUUUGACAAGAGAGCCUCAUCGUUAUUAUUUAAAAGGGCCCAUUAGUUCAGUUUUGGUAGUCGAUCAAAUCAGAUUGUGUAAAAAUCUGGGGUCCGAUCCACCCCAGCGUGACAUUACUACCUGAAAGCGUGCUUUCUCAAGUUUAUAGAAAGAGUUGAUUUUUUUUUUUUUUUAAUUGAAAAUUACGAUUUCUACAUCAAUUUUUGUGAAAAAAGUCAUUUUUUCUGCAUUCUUUUCUUUGACAUUUUUUUUAAUAUUAAAAAUAACACGAAAAGAAUUAAAUCGGUAUGGUCGUUUCUUAAAGGUUCAAAAUACAUUGCAGUAUUUUUAUUUUAUUUUAUUUUUUACAGUUUUUCAAUUAUUUAUUGUCCCCCAAAGUGAGUGGGGUACCUUGAACCCCGUGUGACUAUUACUCCAGAAACUUGAAGUGUGACUAGUAUAAGGGUUAAUCGGUCAAACUGUGUCAAAGAAUUUCGAUUUCGAAAUUUACAGCUAUCUCUCUCGCACUCACGGUUGCGAUAUACCAACUGAUCCAUCCUCUUAAUUCGGAGAUCCAUUCCAUUUUCAACACAUACAAACACGAAGCAAUUUUAAAUCUGCACACGUCUCCAUAGAGAACUCGAAGGAAACAUGGACGAAUAAGAGAGCUCAGAACGCCGAUAUACUAAUACGCACUCUAAUUAACCGGGAGCCGGGUUUUCUCGAGACAGGAAGAUUAUAAAGAAUUCGUCUUUAGAUUAAAGAUGUUAGCGAUAUCUCCCGGUCAAGGAACGCGUUCAAAAUUGCACAUGUAGAAUUCAGCGCGCAGGCCAACCAUUCAAUGUACCUAUCAUCCAAUGAUAUUGGAUACGUGGGGCCACGUACAUGUCAGUAAUAAAUUUCACUAAUCGAGUGAAUCUAAAGCACUUGAAGCAAGCAAAAGGAGGAAACCUAAUAAAAUACAGUCGUGAUCCACUUUCAUUGCUCUGUUUUUUAGCCUUGUUUUCCGUGCUUAUAAUUAUUUGUACAGAAUUGGGAAACCACAAACGAUUAAAAUACAUGUUCCAUUUAUACUUUUGCUUAAAUAAAACGAAUGUUUUUUCCAAAAAAUUGUUUCAGAUGCAUUUAUAUUUUUUAUUUAACUAGUUUGUAAUUUUUUUUCAUCUAAAUAUCAUUUCGAGAAAGUAAACAAAACAUUACCAAAAACAUCAAAGUAUGACAGGAAGUUUAUAUUGCGAUACAAAUAUUAAUUCGAAAGUUCAGUUUUAUAACUAUGAUAAUGCGAACGUAUUUAGAGGCAAGUACCGAGUACAAAACCAUGUGCAUAAUCACGCUCCCUAAAAUAACUAAGAGGGAAGAACCAACAUGUAUUUGAACGUUCCUAUGAAAUCAAAUGGAGAAAGACGGCUAAGAGCAAUCUUCAAUUUCCACGGCGUAGGCUUGAUAUUUUUUAUAACACAUUUUUAAUUCAAUCAAUCGAAGAAUGAUAUAUCAAUAGAUUAAGUUCAAACUUUGCUCAGAUGUUUUUAUUUGCCUGUCUCUGCUUAACGUAAAGCGUAUUUUAUUAACAAACGGCCUGAUCGCAUUUUUAUAUCAACGCUCAAACUUCCCCUCCCUACUCUUUUUCUCUGUCUGCGAGAUAAACAGAACGUUUAAAUGUUUGUUACAUAAGUGUGGUAGAUCUUUCUAGGCGCGAGGAAAACUAUGAUCUCAUUUAGAUUUUUUUGUUCUGUUAAAAAAAUAAAUGAACAACAAGAAAUGCACCGGGAAAAAUAAAGAAGAAAUGUCGAACGUUGAAAAUUUAAACGUUGAAUAGAUGAAAGAAAAAUGGGUUCACAGGGGCCUAUUCGACUCGUUCUUGAUAGCCCAGUUAAAAUGUAGAAAUGGAGUAACUUUCGAGCAGAAAUCUGAAAAUUUGAUCUAUGACUAAUUUGAUGACGCUGAAUUGAUUGGUGUAAAUUUUUUACGAGUAAUCCCCGACAACAUUGAAAAAAUAAGGGUUGAAACUAGAUUGAAAAAAUAUUUGUGUUGCCGUUUUCAGAUGUCAAAAAUACAUAAGAAAGCAGCCUAUUCAUUUGAAAAAAAUUGAAAAAUUAACGAAAAUUAAAAAAAAAAAACAUUGAGCUCGAGAUAAAAAUCCUCAAAUUUCAAUGGCUUGAAAACAUAUUAAAAUUGUAGAUAAUUCGGGUUUUUUCGAUUACGUACGCUCCAACAGGGUCUAAUCAAACUUUCCCGAAGAAUUUUUUUUUUUUAUUCAUUAAGUGUGAAAAAAGUGCGAUUGAAUAUAUUAACAAAAUACGGGUUGAGAACCUGUUUUAGAAAGAGAUGCACUAUAUUGCUUUACCGUUUGCACUCAUAGGAAGGUUCUCUCUAUCGUCCAGUGCAUGCGUAGGUGGUAUACGGUAGGCUCGGAAGCAAAAAUGCGUAGCGUCUGUGUGAGUAUGUGUGCGUUUGUUUUGGUUUUCUAAAGCACGCACAAGCACGUUGCGUAAACCACGCGUGCGUACAACACACUUUAAUAUGUGGGACAGAGUUGUAUAUCUAUCCUUCAUCUUUCUAUACAUUCCCAGUGAUUCUCGAUGUACCAAAUGAUGCAUGUCUUAUAAAAACCAUUUUUCUCACUUGUUUUUCAAAUAUCAGAAAUUAAUAGAUAGAAAUAUUAAUCUCUUAUGAAUUUUUGCCGUCCGAAAACGUUGAUACAAGUAUUUUUCCAAUCGAGUCGAUAGUUUAUGAGUUAUACGCGUUUUAAACUUUAAAUUCUUAUUUUUCAAUGUUUCUGGGGGUUGAUUGCAAAAAAAAUUAUACCAUUCGAUUCAGCGUCAUCAAAUUAGUCUUAGAGCAAGUUAGCAGAUUUCUGCUCGAAAGUUGCUCUAUUCCUUCAUUUUAACUGGACUAUUGAGCACUGUAGUUUUCCACAAUCGCUGUGCAUGUUUUAGUGCAUAGUUAACCUAUAAAAAUCAUGAAGUAUCGGUUUCUUCGAUACGUUAGAUUUAAUUAAUUUCUUCAUUCUAAGCAAGUGAAAUUAUUCUUUUUUGUUUGCGUUUCUUGUAUACAUGUUUCUGUAUGAAUGACGUGUCCAUUUUUGAAGUAUGUGCUUCAUAUCAUAAUAUAAAAACAUCUAAGAAGAUUGAAAUGUUAUUCCCGACACGAAUUUAUUGCCAAUUAUGUAUGCGGGAACUAAUGGUGAUUCACAACGAAACCGUAAAUAUUGAGGAUGACGGUACACGUAGAUAAAGACUUAUGCUGGAUCAUGAAAACUUCACAUUUAAAACGCCUAGCUAUUGUCUCUAUGAUCAAUAUUUUCGAUGGAUAAUGUUGAAAAAAGAAAAAAAUUCAAACGUUAGGAUUAUGAGGUAAAGAAAUUUUUUUAAUUUUACAUAUGAUUACCGAUUGGAACUAUUGUUCACUAUAAAUUAUGUGACAAUUAUAUUUUUCGUCUUUCGAUUUCAUUCAUUGCGUACCUUGAAAUGUGAGUAAAUAUUAUUUACAAUCAGAGUGUCUGUGCGCGCGUGCGAUGAGAAUGUUCAACGAUGUAUUUUCAUUCGUGAUUUGUGCAUGAAUGAACAUGCCAUUUUACCUAAGUUGUGACCCCGACCAUUUUUAAUCUUCUCAUUGUUUUUUUUUUUUUUUUAUAAAAUAGUACUUUCUGAAAGGAGUAUCCACACCAAUUUUUACAUUUUUAUCUCUUCUUUGUCGAAAGCUAUAAUUUUCGAAAAAAUGUGGGUUUUGGAAGUUUUGAAAACCUUUAAUUUUAAAUUAACAAUGUCAAUGUUUUUCUUCUUCUAAAAUAAAAUACAUUUUUUUAAAAGAUGAAUGUUAUUUUUAUUUUUUCCAAAUAGUUGGAGUCUCAACUCAGGUAAAAUGGCGUGGAAUGCCUCAUAUACAUUACUUUAUCGAUAUAGAAUGUUUAAGAAAAACUAUAUCUUGUUGUGAUCGUCGAACCUGCUUCUGAAAUAGCUUGUUCGACAUGUCUAUAAUUACAGAUUUAAAAAAAUAUACAAAGUUCAAACCACA